AUGAUACGAGAAGGCCAUAUCGUUGGUUCUUCCAGUGGUAUACAAGUUUGUGAUAAUCCAGGCUUUGAACCUCAGAACAAAAGACGAAAAGAAGACCAUAUUGUUGGUUCUUCCAGUGGCAUACAAGUUUGUGAUAAACUAGGCUUUGAAUCUGAAAACGAAAGACAAAAAAAUGUUGACAAUGUGUGUUCAACAAGUACAAACACAGUUCAAACCACUGUCAAUGUCGAUACAUUUGAUAAUCCGAAUCAAAUUAGUAAAGGUCAAGCCAAUUUUCAGAAAAAUAAAAAAGCAAAUGUUCAGAAAUAUGUGGAUUUGGGAGACAAAAAGUAUAAGUGCAUCUACUGUGGUGCACUUUUUUGGACAAAAGAGUCUUUAAAGCAGAAGUCCAAGAAUAAUGAGCCCCUUUAUUCUCUUUGUUGCCAACAAGGAAAAGUCAAGCUCCCACGUCCAAUGCUUACUCCUCACUUUUUAGAAAAUUUGCUUGACCCAACGAAAGGCCAAACAAGCUUAUUGUUUAGAGAGAACAUUAGAGCUUAUAAUUCAAUGUUUGCAUUUACUUCAAUGGGAGCUAAAGUUGAUCACACGGUUAACAAUCAGUUAGGCCCGUACAUUUUUAAAAUUAGUGGUCAAGUGCAUCAUUUAAUGGGCUCUUUGUUACCCCCUGAUGGUGAAUGCCCAAAGUUUGCUCAACUACAUGUGUAUGAUACUGCUAAUGAAAUUGGAAAUCGUUUCAAUGCUAUUAAUUGUAAGGAAACAAAUAUGAAGCUUGAUGAGAAUAUUGUCAAGGGUCUGAACAACAUGUUCAAUGAAUCAAAUGAAUUGUUAAAUGAUGAUAAACAAUAUGGACAACCUACAUGUGAUGAAAUCGCUGGUUUAAUAGUGGGUGAUAUUGGUCAAUUUGACUCAAAUAGAGAUAUUGUCAUAGAGUUUAAAGAUGGUGAACUAAAACGUGUGACAAAAUUAAAUCCAAAAUUUAUGUCUUAUGGUGAAGAUGGAUACAGCCCUGAUUUGAAAUUGAAUAUUCCCUCAAACAAUCGCCCAUGUAAAAGAGGCAGAGUAACUAUGAGAGCAUUUAUACCCUAUCAAAUUCAAGAAAGGGAGUCUCAAUUAGAUACAUUGUUAAAAGGAGGAAGACUUUUUCAACAAUUUUUGGUAGAUGCUUAUGCAACACUUGAAGAGGAUCGAUUGGAUUAUAUUAGAAAAAACCAAAAAAGCUUACGAAGUGAGGUGUAUAAAGGCAUUUAUGACGCUGUAUCAAAAGGUGAUCAUGAUGCUGAUAACAUAGGCAAGAGAGUAAUAUUACCUAGCUCAUACACAGGAAGCCCAAGAUAUAUGCUUAACAACUAUCAAGAUGCGAUGGCUAUUUGUAGACAAUUUGGUUAUCUUGAUUUGUUCAUAACCUUCACUUGCAAUAUCAAAUGGCCUGAAAUUGUGAGAGAAUUUGAUAUAAAACUUGGAUACAAGUCAGAGGAUAGACCAUAUAUCAUUUCUAGGGUUUUUAAGAUGAAAUUUGAUGAUAUGAUUAGCUACAUAAAAUCAGGAGAAUCAGGAGAACCUUUUGGAGAAGUUGAACCAGAUGUUUGUACAAUCGAGUUUCAGAAAAGAAGGUUGCCUCACGCUCACAUCUUAAUUUGGUUAAAGAAGCCUUACAAAUGCUACUCUGCUGAUGACAUAGAUUCCAUCAUUUCAGCUGAAAUACCAAAUAAAAAUUCAGAUCCUCUCCUAUGAAAUUGUGAACCAAUUCAUGAUUCAUGGUCCUUGCGGACAACUUAAUCAAAAGUCUCCAUGCAUGCGAGAGGGAAAAUAUUCUAAGUUUUUCCCAAAGCAAUACAAAAGUGAAACAAUUUUUGAAACAAAUACUUUUCCUGUGUAUAGGCGUCGUGAUGAUUCGUCAAAAUUUGUGGUUAAAAAUGGGAUGCAAAUAGAUAAUGGUUUUGUUGUACCUUACAAUUCAAAUUUAUUAUUGAGAUACAAUGCUCAUAUAAAUGUUGAGUUAUGUUCUCAAUCAA